AUGUCUGAUGACUCAUCAUCCACUCUGCCUGUGAGCCUCCGCCGACCAAAGAAGGUUUGGAUAUGGACUGAGUGCAAAGAAGUCAUGACGGUUGCAGUGGAACGAGGCUGGAACACGUUUAUCUUCUCAUCAGACAAUCGACAACUUUCGGAUGAGUGGUCAUCGGUUGCGUUGAUGGAUUCAUUGUUUAUUGACGAGAAGAAAGUUACUGAUGGUGCCGGAAAAGUUGUCGCUGCGGUUUUCGAAGUUUCAACACCUGAGGAGCUACAGAGGCUUAAGAUCGAGAACGAGCAGACGGAAAAUAUUGUUCUUGAUCUCUUAGACUGGAAGUCAAUCCCGGCAGAGAAUUUAGUGGCGGCUCUACAAGGAAGUGAGAAAACGGUGUUUGCUGUUUCAAACACUCCUUCAGAGGCAAAACUAUACCUUGAGGCUUUAGAGCAUGGCCUCGGCGGAAUCAUACUUAAAACUAAGGAUGUCAAAGCUGUUCUUGACCUUAAGGAGUACUUUGAGAAAAGGAACGAAGAAGGUGAUACAUUAAGCUUGACGGAAGCUACUAUAACUCGGAUUGAGAUGGUCGGUAUGGGAGACAGAGUGUGUGUUGAUCUUUGCAGCCUCAUGAGAUCCGGUGAAGGUCUUCUUGUUGGAUCUUUUGCAAGAGGACUGUUCCUGGUUCACUCAGAAUGCUUGGAGUCUAAUUACAUUGCAAGCAGGCCCUUUAGAGUAAACGCUGGACCAGUUCAUGCUUAUGUGGCUGUUCCAGGUGGAAAGACUUGUUACCUCUCGGAGUUAAGGAGCGGAAGAGAAGUGAUCGUUGUUGAUCAGGAAGGGAAACAGAGAACAGCAGUUGUUGGACGAGUGAAGAUAGAGAAGAGACCACUUAUCCUUGUGGAAGCUAAGCUUAGUGCAGAGGAGGAGGAAGAAACGUGUUUUAGCAUUAUCCUACAGAAUGCGGAAACAGUUGCAUUAGUGACUCCUAAUCAAGUAAACUCAUUGAGGGAAAGCGCGAUUCCCGUGACCUCGAUGAAACUUGGGGAUCAAGUUUUGAUCAGGUUACAGGGCGGUGCACGCCAUACUGGUAUAGAGAUUCAGGAAUUCAUUGUUGAGAAUUGA